GCGCAGCUGGGGACGUGGGAGGCCGCGGGCCCCGCCCCCGGCCGGCGGCUGCGGCUCAGCUCCGCAGUCAGCUCCGCCAGCGGAGCGGCGAGGAGGGCGCGACAGGCGGGCGGGGGCUCAGGAGCGCGCGCUGCCUUCGGGGCUCCUCUCCGCGCGCCAGGGCGCGGGCUCCCCCUUGGGCCCCUCGGGCGGGCUCGGGGCGCCCAGAGUUGGGGGCCUCCCGCCGCGGCGCCGGGACCAUGGCGCUGCGUGCCCGGGCGCUGUACGACUUCAGGUCGGAGAACCCGGGCGAGAUCUCGUUGAGGGAGCACGAGGUGCUGAGUCUGUGCAGCGAGCAGGACAUCGAGGGCUGGCUUGAGGGGGUCAAUAGCCGCGGCGACCGCGGCCUCUUCCCGGCCUCGUACGUGCAGGUGAUCCGCGCCCCAGAGCCCGGCCCGCCCGGCGACGGCGGCCCGGGCGCCCCUGCCCGCUACGCCAAUGUGCCUCCCGGCGGCUUCGACCCCCAGCCCGCCGUGCCUCCCGCCUCCUUCAAGCCGCCGCCCGACGCCUUCCAGCCGCUGCUGCAGCCGCAGCAGGCGCCGCCGCCGAGCACUUUCCAGCCGCUGGGCGCGGGCUUCCCGUACGGCGGGGGCGCCCUGCAGCCGUCGCCUCAGCAACUCUACGUCGGCAGCUACCAGGCCAGCCAGGGCAGCGACGAUGACUGGGACGACGAGUGGGACGACAGCUCCACGGUGGCGGACGAACCUGGCGCGCUGGGCAGUAGCGCGUACCCGGACCUCGACGGCUCGUCGUCUGGCGGCGGGGGCGCGGCCAGCCGCUACCGCCUGUCUACGCGCUCCGACCUAUCGCUGGGCUCCCGCGGUGGCUCGGCGCCGCCGCAGCACCACUCGUCGGGGGCCAAGAGCUCGGCCACCGUGAGCCGCAACCUCAACCGCUUCUCCACCUUCGUGAAGUCGGGCGGGGAGGCCUUCGUGCUCGGUGAGGCGUCAGGCUUCGUGAAGGACGGGGACAAGCUGUGCGUGGUGCUGGGGCCCUACGGCCCCGAGUGGCAGGAGAACCCCUACCCCUUCCAGUGCACCAUCGACGACCCCACCAAGCAGACCAAGUUCAAGGGCAUGAAGAGCUACAUCUCCUACAAACUGGUGCCCACGCACACGCAGGUGCCGGUGCACCGGCGCUACAAGCACUUCGACUGGCUGUACGCGCGCCUGGCGGAGAAGUUCCCCGUCAUCUCGGUGCCCCACCUGCCGGAGAAGCAGGCCACUGGCCGCUUCGAGGAGGACUUCAUCUCCAAGCGCAGGAAGGGCCUGAUCUGGUGGAUGAACCACAUGGCCAGCCACCCGGUGCUGGCGCAGUGCGACGUCUUCCAGCACUUCCUGACGUGCCCCAGCAGCACUGACGAGAAGGCCUGGAAGCAGGGCAAGAGGAAGGCGGAGAAGGACGAGAUGGUGGGCGCCAACUUCUUCCUGACUCUGAGCACGCCCCCUGCCGCCGCCCUGGACUUACAGGAGGUGGAGAGCAAGAUCGAUGGCUUCAAGUGCUUCACCAAGAAGAUGGACGACAGCGCGCUGCAGCUCAACCACACGGCCAACGAGUUUGCACGCAAGCAGGUGACGGGCUUCAAGAAGGAGUAUCAGAAGGUGGGCCAGUCCUUCCGCGGCCUCAGCCAGGCCUUUGAGCUGGACCAGCAGGCCUUCUCGGCCCGCCUGAACCAGGCCAUCGCCUUCACCGGAGAUGCCUACGACGCCAUUGGCGAGCUCUUCGCCGAGCAGCCCAGGCAGGACCUGGACCCCGUCAUGGACCUGUUAGCGCUGUAUCAGGGGCACCUGGCCAACUUCCCCGACAUCAUCCACGUUCAGAAAGUGACAGAGAAGCCAUGUGCCAGGUUGCCGCGAGCCCCCCAAGGCGAUGCAGAAGAAAUGGGGCCGGCCUGAGCCUGAUGAGGGAGCCGAGUCAGCCCUACCAAUGAAGCGGGGACGUGCCAAGCCAGGAGCCACAUGUGCAGAGUGUCAUCGCAGUGGCCAGUGCGGGAUCUGGGGGACCGGUGGUGGGUGUGAGGGGAGCUUCGGACAAGCUGUUUUAACCUCUGUAAGCCUCAGUUUUCUUGCUGGCAAAGUGGGAACACUUCCUCAUAAGGUCACUAAAUGCUUAAUUUUGAAAAGUAGAAAGGUACUUUUACCAUGGGAGGCACUCACUCUCCUUUAAAAGACAAUUCCAGUAAUCUUAUCUCUCCAGAUAGCCUAUUACCACCAGAAUUGUAGUAUAAAAACAAAAGUACAAAAACUGAAGGAGUCAUUGGCAUAGCAGUUGAAUAUUGUAUUGUAAUGCAGCUAGCUGUCCUGCAUUGCACACCAGAAGAAAUGGUAAUAGUAAUAUCUGUGUUAUUUGGAAUCACCAUUUUGCUGCUGUUCACAUUAAAAAGUUUAUGUAAAUUAUCCACUGUCAGCUACUCCAUCCUCCAAAUUACUUGUGUCCUUACAUAAAUCACUUUGACUUUUCUGAGCUUCAGUUCCCUCAUCUGUAAAUAUGAGGUUCAUGAUUUCCUAGGUCUUUUUUUGUUGUUGCUGUUAGUUGAUUGCUUUUUAACAGCAUCAUUUCUACAUUGAAAAUAAAAUAUUCCUAAGUGUAUGAUGAACAUUUAGACAUUGUUUCAGGGUCGUUUCAGUAGCAUUCUAUCUGCAUAUGUGACUUUGUAAUUUGGGAGCAUGAAAUCCUUUAUCAGUUGAUGUGAAAGAACAUUCGUGUACAUUUAGUUCAGAUCAGCAAACAUGCUUACCCCACCAGGUGCUACAACUGUGACAAGGAUUAAUACCUGGCCUCCUGCCUGUUGGCACAGCUCCCAGGUGUACUGAAGCUAAGGUGUGGUGAAUGGCAGCAGGAGUUCUCUCUGACCCAAAUGAGGGGUGUGAUUAAUAGAGUCACCAAACAGAGAGACUGUGAUGGGUUUUCCCUCCUACAAAGUGUAUACUUCACUUUGAGUUCUGAAUAGUAUCUCCUUUCCAAAAGUAGAAACCAUCUUGUAUUGUUGAUCUUGUAUUUGUAUCCUGAUUAAACUUGAGUGUGAAUGAGCUUUAAUCCACGUCACUUCUACACCUUUUCUUAGAACUUUUUAUCUCUCAUUGUGAUUUGACUUUUCUCUUCUGAUAAAGAAAUUUUGUGUAUUUAGCAAGUAGGAAGAUGGUGGUUAGGAAAUUAAGUUAAAAUCAUUAAAUUUAUUCAUCAGAUCCUCAGAAAGAUAAGCCUGAUUUUAUUCAAUGAAUAUUUAAGUGUCCUUCAUAGAUCAGACACUAUUACACAUGCUAGGGUUGCAUGAAUGGCCAAAACAAACAACACCACCCUUGUGGAGCCUAUAUUCUAGCAGGGUGGAGACACAAUGAAAAACAAGCACAGUAAUAAAUGAUGAUGUAUGUCGGAGUGUGGUAUUUGUUAGGAGAAAAUAAUACAAGUGGAGCAGGGCAGGUGGGCAUGGGGACUCAGAAUGAAGUAUUAAAAAGGAUGGUCAAAGUAGGCCUCACUGAGAAGGUGAAAUUUAAGUGGAGGCCUGGAGGAGGUACAGGAGUUAGGAGAGCUUUUCAGGCAGAGGAUACAGCUAGAGCAAAGACACUGGGGUGGGCAUGUGCUGGGCAGCUGGGGAACAGUGAGGAGGCCAAGUGAUUGGAUCUAAGAGGAUCCUAGUAACAGAUGAGGUCACGGAAGUUCUGAUUUGUAGGUCAUUGUUAAGACUUGGAGUAAAACCUCGAGUGAGCUGGGAACCAUAGCAGGGCUUUGGGCUAAGGAAUGAUGUACAGCUGGACAUUUCAACAGACUUAACGCCUGUUUCUGUUGUUAAUAGAAUGGGGAGGGAGUAAGGUGUCAAAGAUAGGAGCAGAGAGCCAGUAGGAAACUGUUCCAAUAAUCCAGCUGAGAGAUAAUGGAGGCCUGAACCAGGGUAGGGACCACAGAGCUGGUGAGGAGGGAUCCUGCUCUGUGUAUAUUUUAAAGGUAGAAUCAACAGGUUUUCCUAAGGGAUCAGAUGUGGCAUGUGAGAGGGGGAGUCAUCAAGAGUGACUCUGGUUUUGGCCUGACCAGCAAUAAGAAUGGAGUUUCCAUCAGCUGAGAUGAGGAAGGCUGUGAGUGGAACAGAGGUGGGGAUGGGCAGUCAGGACUUGAGGUUAAUCCUUUUAGAUUCACAGGCUUCUAUUGGGUUGUCGGAAGAGUCAUGAUGCAUUUUUGCAAUGGAAAACAUAGAAAAAUGUGUCAUGACUUUUCUGACAACCCAAUACAUUCUGUUCCACAUCCCUUCACCCAAAUACAUUCACAGACAACGCAGCCUCAGAUGUAUUGUAGUUCCUUUCCUCAGAGCAUCCCACUUGGAGCCCAGCCCUUUUUCAAGUUAAUCAUCACUGAUAGAAUGCUAACUGGUGUGCCAAAGACUGUAUUCAUUGCUCUGUUAUUGGGUAGUGUGUGGUGGUCAUGUUUUAUGUCCCUCUAUGUAGUGCUACUGUUUUGUGUAUGCAUAGUAACUGGUUAAUGAAUUCUUGUUCAAUUAAUGAAGUAGGCACUCAAUAAGUACUUCUUGCUUGAUUUUGAAAUGGAUGUCUUCUGUGAUUUAUUGAAUGUUUUUGUUUUUCUAUUUAUAUGAUAAUGGAUAACAGUUUAAAAGCGUAUGAGAAAUAAAGAUACGGUCUGGAUAUAUUUUGUGGGUGAAGUCAUUAAUGAACAUGUGAGUGAUUUAAAAGUCUUAGGCUUAUGCAUCUGUGAAAUGACGUUCUAAAAUUCAUUCAUUCUUGAUGUUUAAAUAUUUCAUUAUAAUACUUUUCCUGGGGUCCCUUUUGCCUAAUUCAAAGCAUAAGAUCCAGAGAGAGUGCAUUCAUUCACCUCGUUGAAUGUCUUGGAUACACAAAUCACUGAGCUUAGGUGUUGAGCAGUGGGUACCUGCCCUCAUGGAAGGUGCAGUUCCAUAAGGGAGGGAAGAUGUGUAUGCAGGCCAUUGAAAUAAGAGGAAGAUAUGAAUUAGUGCCUGUAGUCAAGUUCACGUGAGUCCAGAGAAUAAAGAGUCAGUGUCAAUUGUGUUAGAGGCUUGGGUAGGUGGCGUUUGUUUUUCCCCUUUGAAAGAUGGUCAUCUUUUGACUUUUGGAGGAAUAUAGAUGGAAAGUGCAUUCUUGAUCUUAGAAGUGCUUUAGAAUAGGUUUGAUAAGCAUAUAAUUGCAGAUUCACUGCAUGCCCAGUGCUCAGCCUUUGGAGUGGUUAACUGUAAGUUUCGCCCACCCUGGCUCUAUUGAAUCAAAAUGUCAGGAACAUGCAGUCUGGACAUUGGUGUUCUCAAAAUCACAUGAUUUUGACGUGCUUCUGGGUUUACAACUGUUGCUGGAAAUGGAGGGAGCGCUGUGGAAGAUCAAACAGUGUACUGACGUGGUCAGGCCUGCGCUUCAGAUGGACAGGCCCUGGUGACAGCAGUAAAGGGUAGCUCAGGGUGUGGCGAGAUGGGAAGCUCAUACAGAU